AUGAGGGGAAAGUCAAAUGCUGAAUUUACAGAAAGCAGCCAACCCCAUUAUAGAGCCAGUUAUACAGUUGGAUCGCAUGCCAUUUGGAUUGUUGGAAUAUGUAAUCCAGUUCUUUACAGCAAUAAAUAUAAAUCAGGUACAGUCCAUGCAGUUGUUUGAUUUGUCAUCUGCUACUGGCAGUACUGUAUACUCUAUGGAAAUGAUUCAGCUUACACAAAUAGUUGUGCUGCAUUAGUGUAGCUGAGGUUAUUUUGUUUAUCAAGAAAGCAAACAUAUAUUUUCUGUCCAAUUUCAGUUUCAUUUUGCGUAAAACUGUGUUGCCAAACAGUCAUGCAAUUGAGAAUUGUAAGAGAGUUAGCAUACAAAAAUAUACAUAAUAUAUAUUAUUAUAUGCACAAGGUCAGGAUAUGAGGUAUUCUGCAAUCUGAUUGGUUCUCUACUAACAGGAUAUUAGCUCAUAUCCUGCUAGUAGAGAAAAACAAAAUGGCGGCUCAAACUGAAUUUCCAACAUUUUGCGAACGAGAAAACGGCAAGUUGUUCGCUUUUUAUAGCUUUUACAGGAUUAAAAACAAUAAAAAAACUCCCACAAAUUGUUUACAGGUUAGAAAAUGAAUUUUUAAAAUUUAAAAUGGUUAAAAAUAUAUAUUUUUGAAAAAAUAAUCGGCCGAAAGAGCGAAGAUAAAAACAUAAACAAAAUAGAAAAAUAUUGAAAAUAUCCGAAAAGCAAAGUCUGUGAAUUCAGACCUUGUGUAUAUAAUAAAAUCACUAAAACCACUCACUCUCGUCGAAUAUGAGCGAUAGCCGAUUCGGCGCUACACGCCUCAUCUGAUAUCAGCUCAUAUUCGACUCGAGUUCGUAGAAUAACUGUUAAAUAUUAUAAUAAUCAGUAUAUAUUGUAGAUUGUAAUGUAUUGCUUUUUUUCAGAUUGUUGUACCUAAGACUACCAGUUAUGGUACUUUUUGCAGGCCCAAUGUGGAGUGGGCAGACUAAGGAGAACCAAGGGUAUACUCAGAAGGUAUGUUUUCCUUUUAUAUUUUCUCAUUGUUGGCUUCUAAGGGAGUCAGGCAAAUUACAUCAGAUCUACACGAGCUCAUACUCAGUGUAGGCUGUGCUGAAUAGUUGUUAUUCCUGAUACAUUUUUUCACCCUCCCUCCCCCCACCUGUCAGAUAUCAGCUUUUUGUCGGCCCAACAACAGGGAAACAAGGGCGCUAUUCCUUUGAAAUGAUAUGAAAUUACAGCAGCUGACCCAUUCUAACAAGAAAAUUUAAAUUGAGAGAAACAAAAAAAAAUUUUAGCGUUACUUUGGAUUAUUGACAAUUUACGUAUUUCUUUAGUGUUUUUCGAAGAAAACUGUUGCACUGUUGCCGUCAUUGCUUCAACGAUCCAUGGCAUUUUGUUCUCCAUCUACAACAAACAUUAAUGCAAGGUCCCUAUUGAUACCACUUGGUUAUCAAUAGGGGUCCUGUAUUUUUGUGCUAUCCUGCAUUCCUGCUUGAAUAAAGGCUCUAAUAUCUAUAUAAAUGUACUGUAUGUAAACUCGUAGGAGACAAUGAUUUUCAAUGUAAGUGUUCAUUGUUGUAUCAUUUUAGUUCUUUCCGAUGGAACUCCAGUUAGCGAGGAACCUCAUGUGUGUAUUCCACCAUCACUUCUUUGGGAAAUCCAUGAUCUUAUCACAAUUGAUGGCAUGACUAGAAAAGAAGCAAUAUACUUGUUCCAAAUGGCUAUACUCCAUGUACCUUUGUGAGAAAUACUCCUGAGACAUUUUUACACUGCCUUUGCAGUCUUGUUGGAACAUUUUUAUUUUGACAUUUGGUCAAAGAAUACAAAAAGGUUGGAGCUGAUUUCAGUUCGUACUUGUACAUUCCCAAAAUUGAUCCUGUGACAAAAGAUGUCCACCAUGACGGUGGUGACGACAAUCGUGUGUAUAAAAGGAUAGCAACAAGUACUAGGAAUGGGAAUUGUGAAGCAAUCGAUUAGGCUGCAUUUGAUGCUGUUCUUUGUGAUCCAAAGAGUGGUCUAACCCAUGCAGCUGUAGUUGGUGAAAGGAAGCAAAGCUUGACUGAUGCUCAACAGCUAUUGUCAUAUCAUGUGGUGGAUUCACUGCAAAGACUGGGAUAUGAGACUGAGGCAGAAUAUGUAAAGGUUAGUUUAAAACUUUUGACUGCCGUAGAAAUUGUCACAAGUUCCCAACUGUCACCAUAAUGAAAACGUUAAAACAUGUUUUUUUUAGGUUGUUAACUGGCACAAUGCAACAGAUGGCAGAGGAAUUACGCAGUUGUAG